GUAAAAGUGUAAAACGAUCGAUGGGUUCAACAACAACAAAGGAUGGUGCUAGUUUAACAAACAUAUCUGUAGAGGAGCACUUUAGCAUCUCCCAAUCUACUUCUCGUGAACAGUACUAUGCAGGCCAAACAGAACAAAUAUCAACGGCGGCUGAAGCACUUGUAGGGAGGUCGACAACAUUAACAGAAGCUCUCAAAGCGGCGGCCAUGAAUGUAGGUCGCAAACCGGUAGAAACCACUGACGUGGCUGCCAUAAAAGAGGUGGAAGCUAGGGCUAUCGGUGGAGGGGAUUUGGAAAGCGAUGGUGGUGGUGUAACCGCUGUAGCAAGUAGAGCGGUAGCUCGUAACAAAAAACUAGUAAACGAAAAUGAGAAGACAAAUCUCCGCGACGUUAUGGCCGAGAUCGAUGUGAGGGUAACGAGAGAUAGAGAAGUGACGAGUGAAGAUGCGGAAGCUGUGGUUCAGGCUGAGCUCACUCAUUCUCCUUUCAAUAGUAUUAUUCCUGGUGGUGUUGCUGAAUCCGUCACUGCCGCUUAUAAACUCAAUUCCAGUCCAUGCAACACUUCUCUUUGAUAUUAAAUUGCAAUUUAUUUUAAAAUCUGUAAUAUAAAAAGCCGAAGUCCCUAGUAUCCAAUUUUACCAAGAUCAGCUUUUGAUCCAAUCCUAUGUAUAUAUACGCAUUAUAUAAGCAUUUGAAGCCUA